CUAAAUAUAUAAUAUCAGAAUAUGUAUUAAAAACUUAUAAAAUAGAAGUACAAAUCUGACCUUUAAAAUGUAGAACUAGUUUCCUAUAUAUUGAUGAACUCCCUCUUCACCUUCAAGGCAGAGAGAGAGAGGAGAGGUUGAGAUGGCUCAGAUAAUGGCUACUGAGGCAGCUCAAAUCCCUGUUCUUGAUUUUUGUAAAGGGGGUGUGGGCUUAGAGCAAGAAGGAAGUGAGAGAUGGAAAGAAAUGAGUAGGAAAGUGAGAAAGGCUUGUGAGAAUCAUGGUUGUUUUCUGUUAAUGUAUGGUGAGCUAAUCCCAAUGAGUUUACGUGAUGAAAUGUUGAUGGCCACGAAAGCUUUGUUCGAUCUUCCCGAAGAUAUCAAGCAGAAACACAGAAGCUCCAAGCCUUAUUGUAGCUACUCAGGGAAUUGCUCAGUGAUUCCUCUGAGUCAAAGCUUUGGCAUCAAUGAUACCACCAACCUCAAUGCUGCUCAAGCCUUCACCAACCUCAUGUGGCCUCAAGGGAACCCCCGUUUCUGCGAGACCAUCAAUUCCAUGAGCUCAAAGAUGCUGGAGCUGAAUUUCAUUGUUCUAAGAAUGAUCUUGGAGAGUUUUGGCAUUGAAAAGUACUACGAUUCUCAGGUGGCUAACACAGCCAAUGUGUUUCGUUUGAUGAAGUACAAAGUUCCUCCUAAUGACGACGCAGCCAUUGGUCUGGUUCCUCACACCGACAAAAAUAUCCUCACUCUUUUGUUCCAAAAUGACGUGCAAGGUCUUGAAGUUCUUACUAAAGAAGGAAAUUGGGUUCAAGUAGAGAUCCCAGAGGGAUCUUUUGUUGUAAUGGUUGGAGAUGCACUUAAGGCAUGGAGCAAUGGGAGGCUAUAUGCAGCAAGGCACAGGGUGACGAUGAGAGGGGACAAAGAGAGAUAUUCAGCCGGUCUGUUCUUGCUUCCAAAGGAGGAAAUGGUCAUUGAGGUUCCCCAAGAAUUCAUUGACAAAGACCAUCCUCUGCUCUACCGCCCUUUCAAAUAUGCAGACUAUUUGACCUACUUUGUCUCCAACGUCAGUGAUGAUGCACUCGAAAUAUAUGCUGGAGUCUAAUUACAAAUUGAUGGCUCUCUCUCCUUGUACUAUCAAUCUGGGGUCAAAAUUAAAAGUGGGAGACAAAAAAAAAUAUGUGCUUUGGUUACAGUCUUUUAUUAGGGGAAAAAAUGUUAAAAAAAAAAAAAAAACAAAACAAAACAAAAAUUGAUGCAGACUUUCCUCCAUAUUUAAUUAGCUAAGAAUUGCCUUUUAUGCAGUCGUGCACAAUCAUGUCAUCACAGUAAAUAACAUAUAUACUAAAUAUAUAUGAAAAACAUUGUUGACUUUGUGUAGAUUUUAUUUAAUUAAUUGGCACUUGUUUCUGUUUCUUGUA